AUGGACUGGCUCGAGAAACGCAACGAUGCAGUCAGAGUAAACGGAAACACCAAAAAUGGAAAACACGUCGACAUCACCAUCACGACCCGAGGCUCCGACUUUUACUUUGCCAUCUGCGCAGUCAUGGGCUUUGUCGCUUUGAGCAUCAUUGUUGCGUCUGCUACUAAGCCACGUGCUGACCGCACUUUUUCUACAUCACUGCUGCUGUUGAUUUUACUGCUUGUAUUGAGGACUGAUGCUAAGGUGGCUGGUAGCAAUUGUGAGAUCUCUUACGCUCGGUAUAUUGAUUGGUUCUUUACUACGCCUUUGCUGCUGAUGGACCUUCUUCUUACUGCUGGAUUACCUUGGCCCACUAUCCUCUGGACUAUCUUCCUUGACGAAGUCAUGAUCGUAACCGGCCUGGUUGGUGCUCUCGUCCGUACUCGCUACAAGUGGGGUUUCUGGGCGUUCGGUACCGUCGCCAUGUUCGGCAUAUUUUGGAAUCUCGCAAUCGGAGGCCGCAGACAAGCCAAACAUCUCGGCAACGACAUCUACCGCACCAACACUCUUUGUGGAUGUCUUGCCCUCCUCAUCCGGCUCAGUUACCCAAUCUGCUGGGGCGUCUCCGAAGGCGCCAACGUGAUCCCACCAGACUCGGAAGCGGUAUUCUGUGGCGUCUUGGACUUUUUGGCCAAACCUGUGUUCUCGAUUGUGUUGCCCGCUGGACAUUGGAAUAUCAAUCCUGGUCGUAUGGGACUCAAGCUGAGAGAUUAUAACGAGGAGCCGAGUUACUUUGGACCUAAGAAUGGGACAGAGGCUGAGGCUGCAAAGGAGAAUGCUCGUCCUGAUAAUGCUAUCGAUGGGCCUGUCUAG